UCCAAAAAUCAUCGGACCUCCUGUGACUGUGUGACUUCGUUCUUCCUUCGCGAUUCCGUCAGCGUGAGACCACAGCCCGGUCUCAGAACGGUUGAGACGUGUACUUUACGCGGAGAUAAAUGUGUUCUUUCGCUUCAACUUAACUCUGUCCAGCAGCAGCCGCGCCGCCGCGACCACACCCUCCUGCUUCCUCAUAGUGCUGUAGCGGGAGCGCGCAGCGCCACUUUGAAUCUCUGGGAAUAACGGCCGCUUCUUCCAACUCUCUCCAGUUCGUGACAGCGGAACCUCCCAGUACAAAUGAGUGGAGUGUUCGAAGACCAGAGACCUGUGCAGAUAUGAGAAGCGAGUCUCCUCAGAAGAUAUGCGGGGCUAUUCCAUAUCUGGUCCCGGGUUAAGACGCGGAGGAGGGCGGACAGACGGAGGAUGCAUAUGGAGACGAAGCGAGCGGAGCAACUGCUAGCUUCUAACCCUGGGCUCUGUCUGAAAAAGAAAAGGUUGAAAGUGGAUUGACGGGUUUGUGUUGUUGGAAAUUCUUCCUUUUGGUGGAUUUUAUUUGGAAGGACUUAUGAAAUGAUGGUGCUGGAGGGAAACACACACGUUCCCGCUGGUGCCCUGUUUGUAACCAGCAUGAGUCCGCCAGGCCGGUCCAACUCAUCGGGAACCAGUCGAACCAGAUCUCGGUACUGUUUCAGGCUCCUGGCUCUGCUGAAAGUGGACACAAGAUGAUAUCCGAGUUCGAGUGAACAGACUUCCUAAAUGUUCAGCUGAUGUUUUCUUGGCUGUAGUCCUACAAAGACCCCAAAGGAAGCCAUACUACGUUUCUAAAGAGCACAGUCAUUUCAGCAGAUGUCAUUCCUAUUUGGAAUAUGCAAUCUUAAACGUUUAAGAGCUAUUGAUAUAUAUAUAUAUAUUAUAUAUAAUAUUCUCAGUCUGCACUUUGCCUUUAAUAAGGCACCUUGGUAGCACUUUGUGUGUGAUUUUAGUUUUUUAUUCAACCUGUGUGUUCUUAUGUUUCAUGAGAAUAUUGACCUUGUGAUUAUGUUGUUUGAGGCAUUUAAAAACAAUGAGAGAGCAUAUAGCUCAUUACACUGAUUACUCUGAAAUUGUGGAGGUUUUGGCAGACUGUUGCAUAGUAAAUAACUAAUAACCAAGGCAGAUCAUAGUUUGACUGGCAUUAAUGUAUACUUUAUACAUUGUACACAACAAUUCAUACUGGGGAAAUGUUAUUCACACAUAAGAAAAUGCAGUUCUUGAGUUUAGCUUAUUCUACAUGUUUACAUUGAGAAUACAUGUUCUAUGUGUACAGUUGGUGACCUUUACUCUGAAGGAAUUUAAGGAAGACUGUUUGGCCAGUUAUUUAAACAAGUUUGUAAAAGCAGGGAGGUGAGGCCUAUCUUGGAAAUGUCUUAAACGCUAAGAUGCUGUGUGCAGCAAUAGAAAACUAUAAAUAACUGAACCCCUCCAGAAGAGCAGUUUGACCCCUGGCCCAGCCCCCCUGCUUAUUAUGGCUAGUAGUGGCUCUGGCAAAUCGGCUAGCGAGGGAUCCCCCAGCACACCCAGUGUCAGUUUGCAGCAGAGAAAGCGUCUCUCCUCCAUCUGUGACACAUGUAAGGGCAAAAUGCAGCUGGUGGCCGACCUCCUUCUGCUGUCCAGCGAGACUAGGCCGGUCAUGACCUCUGAAGGAGUGGCCGUGGCAGAAACCUUCGACCAGUGCCGCGACACGGUCAUCGCCAGGACUAAAGAGCUCUCCAUUCUCACCCAUGACAUCCAGAGCCAGCUCAACAUGGGCCGCUUCACAGAGGUUGGGGACCGUCUCUUGGAGGUGGCCGACCUGGUGGUGUCUUUAACAGAGUGCUCGGCCCAUGCCGCUUAUAUUGCAGCCGUGGAGACCCCCGCUUCUCAGCCCUGCCUGCCUGGCCUGGUGGACCGCUAUAAGGUGACCCGCUGCCGGCACGAAGUGGAGCAGAGCUGUGGCAUCCUCCGGAUCACACCCCUGCCAGACCUCACUCCCCAGCUCCUCCUCGAGCUCUCUCAGAACAUCUCCAUCAACCUCAAGAAUCUGACGGACAUCUCCUCGCUAGCCAGCGAAAGGUCCAGGGACCGCUUUGCUAAAGACCAGUUCAAACUGAGUGUCAAGAGCAUGAGCACCAGUGGCACAGCCUUCCUGGCAUGUGUCAAAGAGGUGAAAACCCAGCCCAGUGAGCUGACCAGGAGCCGCUGUGUUCUCUUUAGUGCAGCUCUGGUCCAGGCUGUCAGUGCCCUGGUCGGGUUUGCCACAGAGCCACAGUUCCUGGGAAGAGCUGCGAGUAUCUCCACAGAAGGGAAGGGGGUACAGACUGCAGUGUUAGGGGGAGCCAUGAGUGUGGUUUCAGCCUGUGUCCUCCUCACUCAGGGCCUCAGAGACGUUGCACAGCACCCUGAGAGCAGCUCCAAAAUGGCAGACUACCGUGAGCGUCUGCGCAACUCGGCGUGUGCCGUGUCCGACGGCUGCACUCUGCUCACUCAGGCGCUCAGAGAACGCUCAUCUCCAAGGACUCUGCCGCCAGUCAACUCUCAUUCUGUGAAUUAGUUUAGGAAGAGGCAACAUGAUGUCUUGUCCCCUCUCUCCAUUUCUGACCUACCAAAGAGACUCACUUAUCUCAGUUAUCCCUGUUAUCAGGUUUUGAGUCCGAGUAACAUCAGAAGAAGGCUGUCUGGGUCAGUCCAUGUGGCUGAAGUGCAUUUGAAUGCAGAGGAACGCCAAUAAUGCUUCAGGGUUCUGUGUCGCGCUGGAUGUGGCUCAAACCUUGUUAGUACCAGACCCUUGGAGUGCUCUGUGCUAAGCUGACGACCCACUCUCACGGACAAAUGGCAGCCUUCAAACCUGAAAAGCUUACCUCAGUUUUCCGCUCCGGUGAAACAGCAGCCUUGAUGAUGGAUGUAGCCUCACUGUGUGAACCUAUGGUUGGCUGACCUACUCAAUUACAUGUGCUUCGUGAGAUUGGAAAGAGUGAUCUGAUUGUCUCAAUGCUUGUUUUUGUUUUCAACUUGUGUGAAGUUUUAAUGCUAAAAAGCUGCUGUGAGUGUGUGCCGUAGGUUUUACACUAUUUACCAGACUUCCCAUAGUAUUUUAAAGUGUUUUGUUCAUGCAUGUAAUGGAGUAUUUAUUUCAACAAUUAAAAAUGUUGUUUCUGAAA